AUGCCCCACCGCCGGGAAAAUAUUCUCAAAACCGAUGGAUCGUACAACCACCCUCGAGAUCCCGAAUUGCAUCCGCGCAAACCGCCUCCCACCAGGCAUCCAAAAACUUCCCGCAGUUCAGCCGGAACCACGGGCGUGAAAGUGAACCGCUGGUCCCCUAAGCAUGCGCUGCAUCUCCGACCGCGUGACAUAUCGAUAGUCCCGGAUCUUCUCGAUUUUGACCUUGACGUUGAAGUCUGCCUUGCUGAGGAUGACGGAGGCACCUCGACCAAAACCACGCAGUCAGCACUGGUGUCCAAGCCUAUCUUCACAGAGGCAGAGAACCCAAAAAGAGACGCAAGGCUUACUCUCAUGCUCCCCCAACUGCGCAUCCCCGGGGCACCGGUAGUGUAUCCGCGUGACGAAGUGCAACGACUCCAGCGGGACAGCGUCCGGGGUGCUCCCCAGCUCGUGCUGGAGCUUGCGCUACGCCCGGGCGCCGGGAUCCCGCGAUGCCGCCGGUUCUCCCUCUACCGCGAGCGGGUGCGAGCAGCACGUAUUGGUCUAUUGGUCGGGGAGGGUGAUCUUGCGGCUGGCGCGCUGGUGGAUCAGGAGGCGGUUCUGGGUGUCGGACAGAAGGACGGAGGAGGCUCGGUGGAGGAGGUUGCGAAUGUGUCUCGUUCGUUUUACCACGCGCCAUUGCACUUGCACUUGGAUCACUCUCAAUCAACCUGCGCAGCAACCCACUCCACAUUCAGCAGUGAUGGUGACACCAAAGCAACGCUCUUCUCUGUCAAGCAACCAGAAGGAACAGACCUGAUGGCAGGAAUAUCUCUCAGCUCAGUGGCCGCGUACGUCUUUAUUGGAAAGACGGCGACCGUGGCCGGUGUUCUUGCCCCCGAUAUGCAAAAGGCCGGCGCAUGCACGUUCAUCUUUGUCAGUGAGAUCACAAGCCCAAACGCAGCUCUGAAGGACACAAUCCAGGAUCCCCAAAUAAGUGGAGCCACAGUGCUUCUCUACACAGACUGUCUGUCACAGAUUGAUCGUCUGAAGACGGUGCUCAGGCUCUGGACCACAGACGGCCGUCGCAUCGCAGGAGUGAUCUACGACCAGACUGACGCGGCGUACGAUGAUCUCGAUGAUGUAUUAUACCAUGCAGCGGGGAUGCAGAAUCUACACGAGAGCACCGCCGCGCUGCAGUUGGACUUUUCCCUCGUCUACUGCGAGAAGGACACUCCUGCUGCUGCGAUGGCUAGGCGGUUGGGUUGCCAUCGGUCUUGUUUUCGGCUCCCAUUCAAGCCGCUGCAGCUCGAGAGUAGAUCUUGGGUCGCGGACGCAGUUGAGGCCCAGAUCCUAACAGGCUGUCGAUCGGUCUUCCCAGACCCGGUUAAGGCAGAGGGGCUGGAUCUGCAUCCAAGUCCCGCGACGGAGAGACUCUACUCUUCGUCCUCGGGUGGCACCACUGCCCAGACUAACCCUCUUACCGCUGGUUGCUCCAGUGCAGACAGGAGCGGUUCUCCCACCGCAAGUUCCACGAUGAAAGAGUGCGAUCAGACAUUUGGGCAAAGUUUUGCUGCCAGAACUGAUCAUUCUCAGAGCAAAGCAGACGCUGGAUCUUGGUCGCUGUUCAAUCGCGCCACUAAGCAGAUCGCCACUCUCCUCACCGUGGAAGCUGAAGAAAUUGACCUCGAUGCCCCGGUCGCAGUCCUUGUUGGGGAGGAUCAGAUUGAGGUCGCCGUGGGCGAGGGAGAAGUCGUGCGGGAUGACACAGUAGAGGAAGGAGGGGGCAGGGGUGUCCGCGAAAUCAAUGCUGUAGGGGUCGCGAAAAACGUCGCCACACAAGCAGCGAGGGAUACUGCUGGUAGGAGGCGGCCAGACCCACGGUAUAGCACCGCAGGGAGUACUGCACGACGAUGGCGGGAUAUUCUGUCGUGGGGCUGGGUUGGGACAAGUCAUACACCUAGGUGUGUGGAAUAUGAGGGGCGCAGGCCUGGCUCGUCGACGAUGGGGGCAUCCGGACAUCCGGGCAUCCGGGCCGAUCAGCAUGCCCACGGAGCCGGCUCCACAAGCACCACUACCCUCUCCCAGGGUGAUGUCGCUGACACCCCGGUCAUCCUCACGCCAAUCACGAAGAGGGUGGGUGCGUUCUGGUACGAUAGUGAGCCGACCACGUCGAUGAUUCGGUUGUCUAUCAAGAGGGAGGUGUCGGAUCUGGCCGUGAUUGAUCAAUGGGCCCGAUCGGAUGCGCGCGUGGUCGUGGCACCCAAGCGAUAUGCUAUGCUGCGGUCGGGUUCUGUGGGAACGUAUUUCUUGGGCGACAUCGGGACAGCGCACGAGGGUGAGAACAAAAUCAACGUGAGGGAACCACGGGUUUCUCCGUAG